UCUGCUAGUUAGCUGUCAUUAUUAGUGUUGCUGUUUCUCGUCGUCAUGGCGGACGAAGAUAACGUAAAUGACGAUACUCCCGCGAAUGACUUAAAUACUAAGUUUGGUUUACGGCUUCGCGGUCGGAAAGGCGCGUUAAAAAAGAAAAACGUGUACAAUGUUAAGGAUCACAAGUUCAUCCCACGGUUUUUCAAGCAGCCAACAUUCUGCAGCCAUUGCAAGGAUUUUAUAUGGGGAUUUGGAAAACAAGGGUUCCAGUGUCAAGUGUGCAGUUUUGUGGUCCACAAGAGGUGUCAUGAGUUCGUCUCUUUCACGUGUCCCGGUGCAGACAAGGGGCCGGACUCAGAUGCGGAGGCCAAGCACAAAUGGGAGGUGCACUCCUACGUUACCCCCACAUUCUGCGACCACUGCGGCUCCAUGCUGCACGGCAUCACCCAACAAGGACUCAAGUGUUCCGCAUGUGACAUGAACGUACACAAGCGAUGUGAGGAGAGUGUGCCGAACUUGUGUGGUUGCGACCACACGGAAAGACGGGGUCGCAUCGAGCUGAAGAUCUCCUGCGUGGGCAGCAAGCUCACUGUGGACGUGAGGCAAGGGAAGAACUUGAUUCCGAUGGAUCCAAAUGGUCUGUCGGAUCCCUACGUCAAACUGAAGCUGAUCCCGGACUCUGACAACGUCAAGAAGAAAACGAAAACCAUCAGGUCGUCGCUGAACCCCGUCUGGAACGAGCAACUCGUUUUUGAGCUGAAGAGCGAAGACAAGGAUCGCCGCCUCCUGAUAGAGGUGUGGGAUUGGGACAGGACCUCGCGCAAUGACUUCAUGGGUUCCCUGUCCUUCGGCAUCUCCGAGCUGAUCAAGUCGCCGGUGGAGGGAUGGUUCAAGCUGCUCACGGAGGAGGAGGGCGAGUUCUACAACGUCCCCGUGCCGGAGGAAGGCGCCGACCUCGCCAACCUCAAGUCUCAGAUGCGGGGAUCUAGAGUUCAGACGAAACAUGCGAAAACAUCUAUAACUAAGAAAGCACCAGUGUCGGCGGAUAAGGAAGUACCGCACAACAUGGGCAAGAAGGACGUCAUUCGAGCUUCAGACUUCAACUUCCUCAUGGUCCUGGGAAAAGGAAGUUUUGGCAAGGUGAUGUUGGCGGAAAGGAAAGGAACGGACGAACUGUAUGCAAUCAAGAUUCUCAAAAAGGAUAUUAUCAUUCAGGACGAUGACGUGGAGUGCACCAUGGUGGAGAAGAGGGUCCUUGCGCUUUCCAGCAAGCCACCAUUCCUAGUUCAACUGCACUCGUGCUUCCAGACCAUGGAUCGAUUGUACUUCGUGAUGGAGUACGUCAACGGUGGAGAUCUCAUGUUUCAGAUACAACAGUGCGGCAAGUUCAAGGAGCCGGUUGCCGUGUUCUACUCGGCUGAGAUCGCGAUAGGACUGUUCUACCUGCAUGCCCGAGGAAUCGUCUACAGGGAUCUGAAACUGGACAACGUGCUGCUGGACCAAGACGGGCAUAUCAAAAUUGCCGAUUUCGGUAUGUGCAAGGAGGGCAUAACCGGGGACAAGACUACAAAGACUUUCUGCGGCACGCCAGACUACAUCGCUCCUGAGAUCAUCCUGUACCAACCCUACGGCAAGUCUGUGGACUGGUGGGCGUACGGAGUGCUGCUGUAUGAGAUGCUGGUAGGACAACCGCCGUUCGACGGCGAGGAUGAGGAAGAAUUGUUUGCCGCCAUCACAGACCACAGUGUCAGCUACCCGAAGUCUCUGUCCAAGGAGGCCAAAGAAGUCUGCAAAGGGUUCCUGAUGAAAAACCCGACCAAGAGGUUAGGUUGUGGAGCACGGGGAGAGGAAGAUGUUCGAGGGCACGCUUUCUUCCGAAGGAUCGAUUGGGACCGCAUUGAAAACAGAGAGGUCCAGCCACCAUUCAAACCAAAAAUCAAACACCGCAAGGACGUGAGCAACUUCGACAAGCAGUUCACUUCUGAGAAGACAGACCUGACGCCGACUGACAAGUUGUUCAUGAUGAACCUGGACCAGACAGAGUUCAUGGGUUUCUCCUUCCUCAACCCUGAGUAUAUCCAGCACGUGUGAACGCGUCGGCGGCCCUGCCAAGACAAUCCUCUCCGUAGUAUUCGCCCCGAUCACUGCUGUAGCCGUCGUCACUUCUAUUUCGUAUUUUAGCUGUCCUUGGUAGAAAGAGUGAGGUUCCGACUAACCCGUCUGGGUUAGAUUUAGUGAGAAAAAUUUUGUUAUUACGUAUGAAGGUUUUAGCCGUAUUGGAACCAAAAUACAGGGAUCACGUUUAAAUGUAUGCCUUAAUCCACCCCUGUACCUUUUGAACGAAGUUUUUAUUUAUUCCAAAAAACCUCAUCUAAUGUGGUUAACUCUCCUGUAGCAAACGUUUUAGCAGUUUUCUGCUCAACCAGGUCUAGAAUAAUCUCAUUAAGAUGAUACUUGUAAAAAUAGUUCAAUUUUAAAUUUUUUUAUUUUAUUGGUGCAGCAUUAAACGCUUAUAUUGUUUGUUCAUACGUUAAUAAUUGCCAAUUUAAAUAUUGAAUUUACCUUUUCCAGCCUGUUUCACAGCACAGGCGUGCCAAAAAGUACGAUUUUGUGAGCUUGAAAGCAUUUUAUGUGUUGAUUUAAAACCAUGCAGUAAAAUAAACCAGUCAUAAUCUUGUUUCCUAUUUAUUGGUAGGUGUAGGCUAUGUCUAGUAACAGUGUAUGCCCCAGCUGUACACACUAGAGAUUAGUCAAGUAAACAUUAAUUCGUAAUAAAUAAACCAUUAAUUUUAAACCAAUUCAAAAUAGAGCGAAUAAUAAAACACCUCAACAGAAAUGUGUGAAUCAGUUAUGAGCCGUAUUGUUACGAAUUAAUUUAUAGUAUGGAACAAUUUCCUGCUACUUUUGUUUCAAAAAUGUGUGGUUGCGAUACAGAAUAGUAGUGAAGUGAGUUUCCUAAGUGAAAUAUUGUUUGUUGUUCAGAGCACAGUCCACUCAAGUGGAACGUUUGUUAGCCUAUUUUCGAGCGCGUGAAGUAUAUCGGGGGUUUUACGUAAAGUAACGUAAAUUUGGUUGUAGUUUUGUUUGUUAAACGUUGUUUUGGUAGUUGGUGAGUGUGUGUUGCGUACGCGAAUGGUCCGAGCUCCAACCAGCCGCCCGCAACGUCCACCGUGCUCCCCGACGUGCUUCUGACUCUAGAUAAGUUAGCUAGGUGUUCUCGUGUGUUUGUUAGGUAGACGUUUACAAUAUUCCAUUCAUAUUACUGUUAUAAUACAAUGUUCUUAGGAUUGUGAGAAGCACGUCGGUGACAGUAGCAAAACGUAGUCUGAAGUUCCAAUUUUGUUUCGUCAGUUCGCCGUUUGUUUACGGUUGUGUUUGAAAAUAUGAUUAGGGUCUGCGCGAUUAGUUUCUUUUACUACUUUCUCCAUCGUACAAAGUACAUAAGGGUGAAUGUGUUAAUUACCUGCCAAAAUAUGUAUAUAUUCUUUAAAAUUUAGUAUGCGACACUAACAGUGGGGAUUUUGGAAGAACCAUUUGGCGAAUGUAUGAGUUUUUUCAUAUUUGGGCUACAACAUGGUAAGUCAUAUUCCUAUUUUGUUCAAAUGUUGGCAUAAAUGUGUUCCCUAAUAAAACAUUUUUAAUAUACUUAUUUAAGACUUGUGUAUUUCAUAAAAUUUAGAAGACUUUCAAAUUACACUUCUAUAAAAACUUUUGUUUAAAAUUGAUAGUUUACAGAAAUUAAGAUUUUGGUAAAUGUGAAUUUUCAAACUGGUAAAAUACUGUAUAUAGUGUUUUUAAUUUGUUAUAUGGUCACAGUUUGUUGAAGCUUCUAUACGAAAAAUUUAAUUUUAAUAAUUUAAUUUAAUAUAUCAUGAUUUAAAAAGAAACGAGUGGUAUUCUUGGGGGAAAAAGUACAUACAAAAAUGACUAGUUCAGAUUAAUGGUUUAAAUAAAUGAGACAUACAAAUUUUUAUAAAACAUUUAAUUAAAAAUUGUUUAGUUAUAAUGUUAUAAAGUUUAGGUAGCAGCCAAGAAGCCCGAGUAUAGUAGUAUAGAAUGGCGAUAGGCAUUAAAGGGUUGUUCUUGUGGUGUUUUAAGAACAUUUAUCAUUUAAUGUUGUGAAUUACUAAAAAUAACAUUAAAUGUGAACAACGAAACUACUCAUAGAUAAAUGUAUAAACUCAUUGUACAAGAGAUCUAUAGAGUAAAAUCUAAAUAUCAAAUUGCAUGAGUUGUCAAACGAACUCCUGUGUUAAAGUUGAUUAUAUUUGUACUGACCUCAUAUGUUGUAUAUAAAGGAUUCAGUUUGUUGGAUAGCUAAAUAAACAGCGGUGUGACAUUAAAAGGAUUCCCAUGUCUCGAGUUAGCUGUGAUCCCUGUAUUUGUGAUUCAGAGAUGAUUUUGUUUAAUUGAAUGUUUUUGUUUUCAUAUGAGAACCUAACUGUUUCAUUCUGUGUAGAAAAUAAAAAUUUAUAUUAUGAUUGGUUUAAUGUUGAACUGCCAUUACUCUCUUAUAGUAAUCGUAUUUGUUUUACCUCAUAUGUUUAGACUGUUGAAUACUGUAUGUUUAAAAACUGUAUAUCCUCGACUAUUUCUUGUAUUUCAAAAAUUAAAGUAUUUUUCGUACAGUAUUUUAGUACGUACUAAAGUGUUUCAGAACUAGUUGUCUUUACGAUAGAUUAGAACUUCAUGGUAGUUCAUGUUUUGAAGAGUGCCAAACCCCUACUUUAGAUUUGAUUUCGUGUAGUUUCUCAACCAUAGUAUUCCGUUAUUGUCGGUAUCAAUUAUUAAAGUCUUACAGUAGGUGGAAGCUAUUUCGACAUCGGCCCGUUCGUUUCCAAGUGUAGCCCAUUUUGAAGCAUCUGGUUGUGCAUUUCUUAGAGUACACGUUUCGUACAUUUAUACUUUUAGGAACAUUGAAACUGCAUUGUAUUCUUUGCUGUGUAGUAGAAACACUGUGGCUUCAUCGACAUCUCGCGGAAAGAGGUAGUGAAUUAAAUCAAAUCUAUAAACGAAACAAUAAAGUAAAGUAGUACUAAACUAAUCUGGAACUCCGAGUUCUGUAUAAACGUGUAACUGCCGCCAAACAACACAGGUUGUGUCUAGUUACUCAACAUAUCACACAGCAUUCUCCACUGUACGCGAGGCACUGCACUGUACAUACCGAUUGUAAAUAUACCCGUCACCGUGCCAUCUAUGGGGUUAUCUCUGAAUCAAAAGACCAACUUUACGCUGUCUCCGUUUCUGCCUUUCCCGUCUCUUGUGAUAUUGAUAUUGUAGUUUUGGCUCCAGCCUCUAUUAUCCCGUAUUAAUGUUCACCGCAGACAUUAGAAAACUAGCGAUUUAGAUCUCCGUUUCUCACACAUAGCUUCAAAUAUGUGUGUAUGGAUAGAUGUCAACUAUUCUGUACUAGCUCUAAUUCCUUCUAGAGGAUUUCGAUUAUUUUGGCAACUUUGGAAGCCGAUACUGCUGGUGCUAGAAUUUACUUGCAUUGUAUUUUCCUUUGUAUUUAAUACCGUUCACCGUCAACAAACCACCCCGCUGUCUAAUAUAUCUUGAAUCUAACUGGUUUAUGUUUAAAUUUAAUUGUGUUAUGUUUUCAAGAAUGAUAAAUCUCUUAUGUACCGUACUAAAUUGUAUUUUAUUAGCAACUAUUGCAUCUAUUAAAAAGGAUUUUGUCAUCUGUUUCGGCUUUUGUGAUCUCAUUUUUAUAAAUAGACUCAUGAUUUUAAAAUUACCAAUAUUGAACACUUAUGAGUGAUUACAGCGUUGCACAUUUUACAAGCAUAUAGUAAAUAAACAUGGUCCCGUUUUGGAAAAUAGCCUAAUUAAAAAGUAGCCUAUAUUAUAUAAUAAUUUGCUUGACGAGUGUAAUUAUUUUGGUUAUAGUGUUUUUCGAGUGACGCUGUUACAUUGAAUUUAAGCAUUAUAAAAAAAAUCUAAUAUAUCAAUAACAGAUAUGGUUUUUAUUUGCCAGUGGCAAAUUAUACAGGUAUAUUUUCUUUAUUGUAAAAUGUUUUCUCUUCAACAGGUUUUCUAAUGUAAAUUACUUUGCUUUGAAGACAGCUGAAAUAACAUCAAUUUUAUCUACCCAUAAUGCAUUACAAACAAAACUAUUUACCAAUGCUUCAUACUACGUGUAAUUUAAUCCGUAUUGCUUACUGGUAAUAACACAAUUAGUUGUUUGGGUACGUGUUUUCUAAUGAUGUUUUGUUGAUCCCUGAAACAUUCCAUUUUCCUAUCGUUGUUGCUUUUUAAUAUGUUGUAAAUAUUAUCGUUCGAAUGUAAUUGUUGUGUUUUGAAAUGAGGUCUAUUCGUUGUUAUCGGCUUGAAUUAUAAAUCACUUGGAUAGCGAAUCGCGAAUUACUAGAGCAUUUGCUGAUUUGUUGUGUUAUGUGAAUAAGUGUAUUUGUUACAUAGUUCGUUGUUUUUGUCUUUCACAGUAAGGUAAACACCUGUAUUUAGUUUGUAGGGUUAAAACAUUGCUUGUAUUCGAAUUUGUAUGCCGAAUUUAUUGAGUAAUCGAUGUAUUGUGGUCGGAAUUUUUGAUAUAUUAUAACAAAACGAGCUUACUUUUGUUCAUAAUUGUAAAUUACAAUUUGUCAACAAUUUUUCAAGCAUGUCUUAAGUGCAAUGCAGUUAUUUUCAUAAUCAAAAUGUUGAAAUAAUUGAGUACAAAUAAAUUCGUACAACUUCAUUACUGAUUGUUUUUAUCAACUUCCAGUAAUAAUUUUAUUAAAGUUAUAUAUUUUUACUCAUUGAUAAAUAAAAGUCUAUUGUGUUUAUAUGAGAAAAUGAAUUAACUACUUAUUAAUUAAAUUUAACAACUUUACUCAGUUAUGUAUAUCUAACAAUAAAUUGAUAAACUUAGUUUGAUAUGUAUUUGGACAGUGUAUACUUUAAGGGUUAUACAGUGUAUUUUAAUUACUAUUAAAAGAUAACGGAUUUUUUAAAGAUGUAUCAUCUAGCCCACUUAAGUAGAAUAUCCAGUCUAUAAUUAAAUAGGCAAUCAUUUGUUUAGUAUGUUUUUGUAAGCAAUAUAGAAGUAGGUGGCCAUUUACCUUAGAUCAUUUACUGUAUAUGUUCUUGUUUAAACGAAGCUACAAGAAAUACAAUGCUGUUGUUUGUUGAAAAUUUUAAAUUUGUUUGCGUUUAGCACUUAAAAUGUUUAGCUUUUGUAUAAAAAGAGAAAUGUAUAAUUAAAGAUAAAGUUGACUUUUUGGAAUUGCUAAUUAGUCUUUUGGAAAAUACUUGUAUUUGGUGAUAAAUACCAUUUAUUUUAAUUACAUCAGUACAUGUAUAUGUUAUUUAAAUAAUAGUGAAUGAAAUUAAUAUUACAAAAUAAUUAAGUAUUUUAUAUAAAAUUUAACCACUAUAAUUUACUACAUCAAAAUAUUUACACCACAAAUAACCCAAACAGUUUUCAAGUCUUAUAGUUUAUCUUACUAAAUGUAUUCAUUGAACAACUCCAUUGUAAUAAAAUCUGUUUUAACUUGUAAUUUUUGAAGAGACUAAACUUAAACAUUUUAUAAUUACCUUCAGUUACGAGUACAUUAUUUAAAUACAUUCUACAUCAUUAAUUGUGUGUGUAGAAUAUAUCAUUCAAAAAUAAUUUCAGAUAACAAAAAAGACAAGAUUUUCACCACAACAUCACUGUUUGUAUUUCUUGUUACUGGCAUUUUCUUAUACAAGCCUAAAAUGGUUUUGGAAAUAAGCAACCAAAAUUUGUCUGAUUGAGGCAUUGUAUAGUAAUUAUUGUAUAAAUUAUAUACAAUAUAACUGUAUUAUAUUAAAUUUGUAUUUAUAUUAAGAAUGUAUGUGAUGCAAAUUUCACACAAAUAAAGUUUAAUGUGAAAAAAAUUAUUACAAAUUUAAAUUCUCUGUGAUAUUUGCAUUUAAAGUAAAAUACGUGACAUUGUAUUUAUUUAAUAACUAUAGUCUCAUUAUUUGUACCUGCAGGGAUACUGGUUGUACUUAUAUACUUCUGAAUAUAAAAUUAUUAUGUAACUGUGAGAAUUGGUAUCUGUUUUGCGUUAUUUCCAAAAUCUUAGGCUUUGUUAAGAAAUUAGUAGUUCGAAUAAUGAGUUUAUAUAUAACUCCUAUGUAUUCUCUAUUAAUAUAAAUGAACAUCUGAAAUGGCCUAAACUGAAUGUACAUAGUUAAGAACUGUGUAGCCAGAGGCGUUCCAUUCUAAUGUACAGCGCGUAGCCAGACACCUACCACCCUCUUUCCUGAUGCCCGCCCCCCCCCCCCCCGUGUACAUAGCCUCCCUCAUAGCUAUAGGAUCUUUCUAAUUAUUCACCGGCUUUGUCGAGUGUACAUUAUUAUGCCCACAUAAAUAUUUUAGUCUCAGAAACUUCAAUAAUAACUAAAUACCACUUAGCUCAGACAACGUUACUACAAUAUGAAUAUUCUCAUAUUGUGCAACUAAACAAUUUACGUGUGAAUUGUAUAGAUCUUUUCAGUAUAUUUAAAUAAAAAUACUUGUUUUGUGAUGCCCCUGACAAAAAAUGGGGGUUUUCGAAGAAACUUUAUAGUUGCGAGUGUUUUGUCUCUUUGGACUACCUCGAGGUUAACCACCGUCGCCUAUAUUGUUCAGAUUUUUGUAUGAAUGUGUUUGCUACUUUCCUUUUUCAAAGAUUACAGGCCUUCAAGUUAUGUUUCACGUGUAAAUUAUAUAUGCACAAUUAAUUGCUAAUCUUAACAAAUAUGCAAAAGCCAAGAGUAUUUUCUUUAAAAAAAUGUGUUUAACACUCUGAGCUUCGUGGAAUAUUACAUAUGUUUUGCAUUGAACUCUAAUUGCUAUUCAGACAGUGAACUAAUUUCCUCUCUUUCACUCACUAUGCUUUUAGUCCCACAAUUGCCAUAUAUAGCACAUUAAAGUCAUACCAUGUGUUUCAGAUGUUUGGAAAAACAUUGUGCUCGUAUAUACUUCCUAUGUGAUUAAAUAAUGUGUUUCUUCAAAGUGGUAAGAUAGAUAUUUUUAAAACUGAAAAUCGCUUACUGUCAGUGGAAUGCUAUAAAACAUAUUUUUAAUAAAAUGUUUAUAUCUGAAACGUCUAAUAAAACAUAUAAAGUAAUGUAUAAUAUAAAUCAAUUAAUAAUUGUUGAAAUCAGGAAGAAAGCAAGUUUCAGCUAAGGGUUUAUUUUGUCUCUAUAUCGUUAUAUAUACAAACUUACAUUUCAUGUUUUUGGUACUUUAGUAAAUAGUAAUAAUCAAACUUGUACACAUCUUCCACAGAACGAGAGGCAUUUAAACGCCCUUUCGUUUGAACAAUGUACUUUAUAUCUAUUACGUUGGUGCAUCGUAUAUUGUACUCGAGUAUUCCAAAUUAUUUAAAAAUAUUACUUCUUAAUCUUU